UACUAAAUGAAUAUUCCCCCAUAAAAAUUCGCGGCGUGUGGGGUAGGUAAGUUUAAGAGCUUUCAUUUAGAGGCUAACAUUGCUCUCGCUUGCCUCCCUUCGCACAGAACAGAACAGACAGAACGGAACGCAUUGUAGAAAGGUUCAGGCACAUAUAAAGGAACAGAGACGCUGCUGUUCCAGCGUAUUGCUCGCUGUGCCUUUAUUCCUUUAAAGUGUGAUAGCCCUUAGCGUCUCGCUGGAUUUUAAAAUGCUUGCACUUUUUCUGUUUACAAAUUAGAAAUGUAGUGGAAAUGAUGCAUAAAUUCGCCCGCCUGUUUCUAGUAGCACCCCUAGUGGCGUAAGCACAAGGUUUUUCGACUCUCUCAGGCCGGUAUGGGCGGUAUGCGACAGCCGACAGCAGCCUGGCAGCCGUUUUCACUAUAUGUCGUUAACUGUUUCCGUUCGUUCUUCUGUAUCUACUAUCUAGUCUUCAACUUCGUAAUAAGUUGGUUUUUCUUAGAAUCAAACGAAGAACAAAUUUUGAGGAAAGAUUUAAUUAAUACAAAGAAAGAAAUGAAUAGUAUAUCCAUAGUUGAUGAAUUUUCAAAAUACGCAAAAUUACAAAGAAAGUAUAUUAAAUUACAGGCUAUAGCUAAACAGCAAAUAAAUGCUCGUUCAACAUCAAAAUUCAAACUAGAACUAUUUUUAACUUAUGGCGCUUGGAUCAUAAAUGAAAGAUCCUGUUCUUAUAUUUCCUACAGGUUAUCUUUGGCCCCUUGAACCAAUACUCAGUUGGCCAACCCAAGUUGCUGGAGGUAUAUCUUUACCUGCAUGGAUAGUUCUGGUGAAAUUAACUAUAUCAUCGAAUUAUAGGAUGAUUAUACUUUGAUCAUUAUGUUAAGUUUCUAUAUAACAAUGUAAUAAAACAAUGUUGAGGUGAAUAUUACAAUUUACUUAAUAAUUUAAUGUGACAUUUGUGAUUUAAAAUAAUAAAUCAAUUAAAACUGAUAAA